UUCCGUCCAGAAGAGAUGACAAUCCGCAAGUUUCAUUCCACCAAUAAUGCUACAGUCUUCUUUUGGACUUGUGAAUAUUCUGUCGAGAGUCGAGACCUUAAUGGCACCGAAGAACCCCCCCCCAACGAACAGUGUCUCGCACUGUAAAGAGAUGCCCUCCUCGUAAUUAGAUUAAUUUGCCAUUAAUGUCCAUUUCGGGAGUUAUAACUGAAGCUUGCAGUUCGACUUCAACAAUGGACUCAGACACAAGCAGCUGUACAGAGAGCCAGUCCCAGGCAGAAUCUGAUCAGCAAGUUCUAGCUACAUCCAUGAGGCCACCAAUCAACCUGAUAGAGACUGGAGGAAGCCUGAAGGUACAGACGACCACACCUCACCUGGUUGGCCUGGGCAGUGGCCGGCUCAGUGUUGCCAUUACACUUAUGCCCCUAAAUGAAGGUGUGACCCGAAUUGGCCGAGAGGAUGCGUCCGUACCUCAAGACAUCACUAUUGAGGGCUUGGGUAUAGAGGCAGAGCAUUGUCGUAUUAUAAAUAGAGGAGGAGUCAUCACCCUUCACCCUUCCGGAAACCUGUGCUCACUUGAUGGAGUCCAUGUCUCAAAGCCAACAUUGCUGACACAAGGAUUCACACUCUGUCUGGGUAAAUCCUACUUCUUCCGCUUUAACCACCCUGAGGAGGCCAGACGUAUGAAGAGCAUGCAGCCCCAGAAGAGUCCUGUCGCCACUAUGGGCUACAGCUCAGACUGUGUAAAGACUGAGCACAGCAAUGGCGUCUCAGUGGGUGGCACCAUGAUGAGAGGCUCCCGAUCGAAGGCGGAGCUGCAGGACCUGAUGGAGACUCUGCAACGCCGGAAGAGUGCUCUAGAGGCUAGCCUGAGGGCCAGCGCAGAAUCUACCCGUACCUACCUCAGCCUGCCCCCUCCCAGCCCCCUGUCCCCCACGCCCCCCAGGAGUGCCGAGCGCCCCCCCUCCUCCAGAGGCCUCCCCUACAUGACCAGUAGUAGCAUGCCCCCCUCCCCUCGCCAGGGUGAGCGUCCUCUCAGCCCCAAACCGCCAUACACCCGCUCACGCCACCAAUCACAGGACAGCCUGCUCCUCUCUAGCUCCUCUGACAGGCAUUGCCCAAAUGUAGCCAGUUCUCUCCUAUCCAUGUGGAAUGGUUCCUCUUCCUAUGGGGAGCCUGCACACAGUCCUCCUCAGGGCCACAGUGGGGCGGCCAGCAUGCCCUCCAGCCCUCGCCUAGGUCGCAGGUUCUAUGCCCAGGGCCGGAACGGGGACAAUGGUAUGGACCCUGCGCCACGUCAGAGGAAGUACUCUACAGGGUCACUCAACGGCCUGGGCUCUACCCACAGCCGCUCUCUACCCCGCCUCCACCGGUCGGCAGACUCCACAGCCCUGUCUCUGCCCCCACGCCGCUCCAUGGGCUCCCACAGAGGGGAGAAGGGUUCUGUGUCCCUGUCCUCCAAAACGAGGCGCAGCCUGUCUCCUCUGGAGCGGCCGCCAGACGUAACAGUGCUAGCAACAGCCAGCGUACCGGGUACUCCCCGCAGGGCCAGCCUGGCCUCUCUGGCCUCGCUGGGCUGUGAACUGGAGCAUGGGGGCCUGCGGGGCUCCUCACCCUGCCUGGACCUGGGCUUGGGGGAGAGGAGGCAGUCCUUUGGGAAGGGUGGGCUGGGGCUGAGAUCAAGAAGAGGCAGCAUCAGCUCUCUGAAUGGGAAGGAGGAGCUUACAGACUACCACAAGCACCAGAGAGACGAGAGGCUCAGAGAACAGGAGGUGCAGAGACUGGAGCACCAGCGGCUGGAGACCAUCCUGAGCCUGUGUACUGAGCUGGUCCAGGACCAGGGCGGCUCGGCCAUCUCCGACCUGCAGAAGAUCAACAAGGAGCUGGAGAAGCUGCAGGAGUCUGAUGAUGAGUCAGUGUUCUCCGACUACCCCGGCAGCGUCAGUGGCACCGCCCCGGAGAACGGCUUUGGCCCCAAAGCCCGGGAGUACCAGCUGGCUGAGGUGCGGCAGGUCCGCCAGCGCCACCACAGCGGGCACAGAGAAGCAAGGGAUGCCAGGGCCCAGUCACCUGCUGUCAGCCUGCGUAGCAUUGUCCCCUCACCCUCCCCUCACCACAGAGCCAGGCAGCAGGCUACGGAGGACGUGCAUCUGAAACAGGAAGUAACACGUAUCGAGGAAGAGAGGAUCCAGGUGCUGAACAACAUAGAAGAGUUGGAGCAGAAGAUCAAAGACCUGGACAACCAGAUGGAGGAAUCCAUCAGAGAGAUGGAGGUGGAGCGGGCUCUGCUGGAGGGAGAGCAGGACUCUGAGAUGGCCCUGCUACAUAGGGAGAAGGAGGUACUGGACCAACUCAAUGAGAAGAUUGGCAGCAUUGACAAGACUGUCCUCACAGACAAGUCCCAGGAUGUUGAGGUGCUGGAGGCGGAGCUGGAGUUCCAGCAGCUGGAAAGAGCGAGUGGUCAGGACAAGGGCAAGGAGGGUCAGCAACUACUCAGAGAGAUAGCAGAUUACCAGCGUAGUACUGUCACACGCAAGGAGAGACUCCUGACCCUGAAGAAGCAGUCUACACAGAUUACUCAGCAGUCUCAGCGAGAGAAGGACAGCUUCCUAAAAGAGAAGAACAACCUGCUCCUGAUGGUUCAGAGGGAGAGGGAGAACCUGGCUUCUCUGGAGAGGAAGUAUGCUGAACUGACUGGAGGGCAGGCCUUCCCUAGCAACCCUGUUGCCAUGAAGGAGCACUUCCGCUUUCUAGAGGAGAGGAGGCGGGGCAAUAAGGAGAACUCCUCCCACCUCAGUGACACUCUGCCACGUAAGAGGAGCCAGCAGGCCCUCAGUCACUACAGCAGCUCUACCCUGGGCCGCAGCCUGUCCCCUAAGUCCCACCUGCCUCUUUCCCAGAGCUCCAGCUGUGGUAGUAUCAUCCCCCGGGGCCUCUCUAUCUCUCCCAGAGUUCUGGAAACACGACACCUGCUCAAGGCAGGCCAUAGCCACCUGUACAUGAGUGAGAACAGACAGAGACUGGUUGACCUGUGUAGCAGGACUGUGUCUGAGUCCAAUGUCUUCCUGGACCCCUUCCACUACGCAGACAAUGGCCAUGGCUUUGACACGCGCAGUAUGGACAGCUCUGACAGCAUGGAGACCAGCAUCUCUGCCUGCUCCCCAGACAACAUCUCCAGUGCCAGCACAUCCAACGUAGGAAAGAUUAAGGAGAUGGAACGUUUGUUACGAGAAGCCCAGGCUGACAAGCAUCGACUCCUUGAGCACAAGGAGCGUGAGAUGGAGGUGCGCAGGCAGGCCCUGGAGGAGGAGCGGAGGAGGAGGGAGGACCUGGAGAAGAGACUGCAAGAGGAGACCAGCAGGAGGCAGAAAAUGAUCGAGAGGGAGGUGAAGUUACGCGAGAAACAGAGGGCACAGGCCCGGCCGCUGACACGCUACCUCCCUCAGAGGAAGGAUGACUUUGACCUCCAUGGUCACAUCGAGGCAGCUGGACACAACCCAGACAACUGCUACCACCUGGCCAUCACAAAUAAAACCUGCAGAGGGUUCCUGGUCAAGAUGGGUGGUAAGAUCAAGACCUGGAAAAAACGCUGGUUUGUCUUCGACCGGAACCGCAAGACCCUGGCCUACUACGCAGACAAACAUGAGGUCAAGAUGAAAGGGGUCAUAUACUUCCAAGCUAUAGAAGAGGUUUACUAUGACCAUUUAAAGAAUGCACACAAGAGCCCCAACCCAUGUCUGACGUUUAGUGUGAAGACCCAUGACAGGGUGUACUACAUGGUGUCUCCCUCCCCCGAGGCUAUGCGCAUCUGGAUGGACGUCAUCGUUACAGGGGCGGAGGGAUACAUGCAAUUCAUGGUCUAAACCAGUGGCGGCUGGUGAUUGGCUGAAUGCCCGGGGCGCGAGGUGGUUGGAGUUGUCAACAAAGCAGCAUGACAUAUGAUGCCAAGUUUUCGAGCUACUGGUAGUUUCUUUGAGAAGAUAUAUAAAGCGAUCUGUGCAUUUGAACAACAGCACAAAUGACCACUGCUGCACAAACUGCCACUGUUUUGAACAGAUUAGAUUAUACUAUUUAGAAGCAGGUCACGAACGAACAAGAACGUAACACGCAUGCAGCUGCAGUAAGUGAAAACACAUUAUCUAACUGGGGUAAUAUAGCUAAUAUACUGUCACAAAGCAUGAUGCGCUAGCCAGUUCAUUCUGAAUAUUUUCCAUAUUUCCCGAGUUAGAUAUUAGUUUAGAAAGACUUGAAAUUGGCAUGGGAGCUAACUACCUAGCAAGUUACCAGAUAGCUAUAACUAGCUAGCUGCUUGUCAAAGGUAGAUAACUGGUUAAUUUGACAAAAAUUACUAAACUAUUUCUCAAUGUUUAUAAAAAUGACUGUAUCUGGCUUAAUGAAUUUGAUCAUGCUGUUUCAGUUCACACUACAUGUCGCCCUGUCACCUACAAGAGAACCAAAUGAACAACUUGGGGGGAAACAAUACAAUUGGCCAGCCAGAUCCCCAAUGAGAAAGUUAUAGAUAGUGUAUCCCUCUGUCUUUCAACACUUGUUUGAUGUAGAUGUCAGGUCCCAGGCUCCAAUGACUGUUAGGGUUAUUUAUUUACAAGUUAAUUACAAUUAGAUUGUUGCUUUAGCGCCAUCUGUACCUGAUAGAGCACACAUCUGUACCUGAUCUGGCGCGAGAGACUCAUUGGGAGGGAGACGAGAACAGACCCAGAAGUUCUGAUCGAGCACGCAUUUGAACGCCCCAGGACAGUCCAUUAACUUUGUACUGUUAUUAUAAUUUAUGCUAAGAAAUCCUGCGAUUUCAUUGGGGCAGUUCCCCCUCAUAGCAAAACAAUAUAAGCAAUGUUUGCAUGGCAUAUGCACCUGCGAGGGACAGAGUAGUAAGUAACUGAACAGCUGGACACAUUUACUGCACUUUUAUGAGCAUUUAAAACAUAAUUCAUGAAUUAUAUAAUAUAUAUUGUAUAUAUUUUUUAUACAAAUAUUUUCUGUUGACCAAUCAUAAUUGGGGCACCGCCCCUAACGCCCUAAUGGGCGGGCCGCUACUGGUCUAAACAACCCCACAUCCUGACCACAGACUCUCAGAUGACUAACAAACAGGGAAUAUACUCUCCUCCAGGCCCUAAAAGACUAAACAAGUUGACUGGUCAGGUUUGAGAACCUCUGUGACCCUUCUGCUUUUUAGCUCUGUAACCACUUUUAUGUCCGUCUUACUUCAGUGAGCCCAGCUCCCUCCUCCUCUUCCGGAUUCUGCUGAUGUAAUGGUCAUCUGAUACUUCGCAGUCUAGCAGGGAAGGACUUCCUCUGGAGGAGUGGGUGCCCAGUGCCGCUUGUUCAUUCAGAAAGGACUUACUCAGAAGAUUCUGAUACUUAUCGCUUUAUGUUUGGAGAGGAGCCUUUUGGCACCUUCAUGAUAUUUCAGGACUGUUAAUGACCCAGAGUCUAUGUCUGAGGUGUAUUAUGUAGUCUGAUAGGCUCACAGUGUACUAGAGAUUACUGCCCAUUCAGGACAAGAUACUUCUCUUCCAUUGUAUAAUAUCAUGCUGCCAGUGGGCUGGGUGCAGCUCCCUACCCGAUCAAUGGGCUCAUUCAUUUCUGAAAGUUUGAGAAGCGUUGCGUCGUGCCUAAGAACAGCCCUUAGCCGUGGUAUAUUGGCCAUAUUUCACAAACCCCGAGGAGCUUAUUGCUGUUAUAAACUGGUAGUGAGAUUACACAUUGAAUCCUUUAAAGUAGUAUAUAUUAUUCAGUAGAAUCAUAGGAUUGAGGCUGCCAUUGGAUAUAAUAUAUGCCAUUUCACAGACGCUUUUAUCCAAAGCGAUUUACUGUCAUGCAUGCAUGUAUUUUACGUACGGGUAGUCCCGGGAAUCAAACCCAUUACCCUGGCAUUGCAAGGCCCAUGCACUACCAAUUGAGCUACAAUUGAGCUAACGCCUCUACUUGUCUGGGUUGAGAAGAGGACCAGGGCCUGGUUUCCCAAAAGCAUCUUAAGGCUCAAUGGUUCUAAAGAUGAAUUUAGCCUUAAGAUGCAUUUGGGAAACCGGGACCAGAUUGAUUUAAGGAACACAAGCUGUCCCAUCCUUUUCAUCAUCCAAAUUGAGCUGUUUUCCUUCCAGCUGGACAGUCUCUUUUUUUCCCUCAAACACUCCCUCUCUCUCCUGGGCCAAACCCUCCCGAGACUGUCUAGCAUCUGCACAGACUGAGAGGACAAUAUGUCCCUCCAGUGGAAAACCCAAGGUGAUGCAGAUCACCGAUGUGUGUCCUUUGUAUCCUGCUGUUGCUUAGGAACGUGGAGAUAACAGGGGAAACCCUGAAACACCAGGGACCUGAAGGAUUUGAAAGUACCUCUCUCAGCACUAUGUACCAAAGACAUACCAUGUCUGUAUUUAAUAUGGAAAUCAUGGAAAUGGAACCUUAAGGCUCCACAAAGGGAUACUUACCGGGUGUGGAAGGCAUUGACACUGUGUGUGUGUGUGUGUGUGUGUGUGUGUGUGUGUACCUUUCGUGUGUGCCAUACAGCUAAAAUAAGUUAGCAAAAACAUUCCAGGGCACUUCCAGUACUAGUUCAAAUGAAAUGUUUUAAUGGCGCGUGGCAUUGUAUAUUGUACCUUCAUGUGAGUUGUGUUUUAUGACUUGUAGUGUAGGAUCAUGCUGCCAGUGGGCUGGGUGCAGCUCCCUACCCGAUCAAUGGGCUCAUUCAUUUCUGAAAGAUUGAGAAGCGUUGCGUCGUGCCUAAGUACAGCCCUUAGCCGUGGUAUAUUGGCCAAAUUUCACAAACCCCGAGGAGCUUAUUGCUAUUAUAAACAGGUUACAAACGUAAUUAGAGCAGAACAAUUCAACGUUUUGUCAUACCCGUGGUAUACGGUCUGAUAUACCAUGGCUUUCAGCCAAUCAGAAUUCAGGGCUCAAACCACCCAGUUUAUAAUUUGAGUUAUUACACAGUCGCUAUAAAACCUGUGCAGUACUUGGAUAUACUUACUACUUUUAAAAUUACUUUUUGGGUCACAAAUAAUGGCACAUUAAUUUAUAUUAGUUUAAUUUUCUUUUUGUUUUUUAACAAAUAUAUAUUAAUAUUUGUCAGUGGUAUGUGCAUGUUGAACAAACAAAUAAGCUAUUUGUGUGAAACCAAAGAGCAAUGCAAUCUGCAGUAUUCUAGGGAGAUUAUAUGAAGUCAUGGAAAAAAGAAAAUGGGAUUCUACUUAUUUCACCCAGGUAUCUUAGCUGAUAUAUUUGUAAUUAUGACGAUGUUAUGAUAAGUGCUGAUAAUUGUAAGAUGUAAUGAUACUGAAAUGGCGCCCUCAUUCACCGUGAAGUCACAGGUAGAACGUAGUAGCAAGGUCCCUGACUGUCAACGAGGUGACUGCGGGAGUGCACACGAGACCAAUUAACUUCUCUGACAGUGUUGCAGAGGUGACAGCAGGUUAGCUCACAGGGAAUCUUUCACAGCGUUAUGAAGAGGUGACUGACAAGCUCUCUGUGACCAGUUGUCUUUUAAAGGAGGAUCCCCUAUGUGCUCAGUCUGUGUGACUACACAAUACAGGCACACGUUUCAGGUAUUUUCCAUGUAUAAGUUACCAAGGAAAAAACUCAACAUAACUGCAACACUUUUAUGAUGCAUUUUAAAUAUAUAUUUUGCAUUUUUAUAUGAACAGUGUUAUUGUUAAUCCUGCAUGUUUUUUAAACAAAUGUAAGAAUAAAUCAUAUAUGUUUACUAA